CCCCAACACUCUUCCUCCCCCACAACCCGACGAUGCCCACGACAUGCGCGUUGGUACUUUGCACUCCGAAGGAAGGAUCGAAAUUCAAGUAUGAUACCGAGAUACAAGAACAGAACCUGGCUGCGCUCAAAGAAGGAGAGGUACUGGUGAAAAUGGGAGCAGUUGCGUUCAACCACCGUGAACUGUGGAUUCGUAAGGGUAUGUAUCCACGCAUCGCCAAGGGCAGCACAAUCGGAGCGGAUGGCGCAGGUUCGUUCGUCGACAUCCAGGAGCUCGCCACUGAUGCCUUCACAGGAAAGGUCGUCGCUUCUUUCGAUCAAUCGGACAGUCUACUCGGGAAACGCGUUUUUUUGACGCCGAUGCGCGGAUGGGAGUCUCAUCCCCAUGUACCUGAGAAGCCGUUCGGAAUACUGGGCGGUGCAGAGUAUCCUCGCCUCGGAACCUUCUCUGAAUACGUAGUGGUGGACAGGAAUGAGGUCAUCCUUACACCCGAUCAUCUAUCCGAUCGAGAAAUGGCUGCAUGGCCGCUUGCCGGGCUCACGGCGUGGCGAUCAAUCUCCCUCGCAAACGUCCCCACCAACGGUUCCGUGCUUAUCACAGGAAUCGGAGGCGGCGUCGCUCUGCUUGCGCUCCAACUUUGCGUCGCCAUGGGUUUUAAUGUAUAUGUCACCUCCGGAUCUCAGAGCAAAAUCGACAAGGCAAUCGCAUCAGGGGCCAUGGGGGGAGUCAAAUAUUCAGACAAAACAUGGCCCAAACAGCUGGCCGCACUCUUGAAGUCACAUGGACUCCGGUACGUCGACUCGGUGAUCGACUCCGGUGGGUCGGAAAUCAUGCAGCAAGUCGGCCCCGUCCUGGCUUUCGGCGGGAAGGUCGUAUGUUACGGGAUGACCGCCGGGCCGACGAUCUCCUUGUCCAUGCGCGAGGUGAUGCGAAAUCAACAACUGAUAGAGGGCCGUCGCAGUUCAGACGAGAUCGUUAAUCCUGGCCAUCACGUUUGGGCAGAGAUAACGAACGACCACGGACCAGGCACGAUUCCUACUCGGGCAGAGACCUUAAGUAUCGAUGUCUAUGCCGAGCGCACUGCUCUCUCUUUCUCUCGCACCCCUGCUCUCCUCGUACUCGCGAUGGAAAUCCAAUCGUCUACCUCCGGCUCGAAGAUACCGCGCACGACCCGCGCUUUGAUGAUGCGCGCGCCGACCGUCGCACAACAGUCCUUGUACAACGAUGCCUUGCUAGAGCAAGUAGCGCUGCCAACUCUGAAACCGGGGCAGGUCCUGGUCAAAAUUACCGCUGCAGCCUAUAACCACCGAGAUCUGUGGCUGCGGAAAGGCCUGUAUCCGAAAUGGAAGGUCGGCCGGGUGCUGGGAUCAGAUGGCGCCGGCGUAGUUAUCGCCGCGGGUGAUGCGGAAGACCCUCUCCUCAACAAACGCGUGUUCCUUACGCCCAUGCGCGGUUGGGAAAGCCACCCGCAUGUACCAGAAGAGACAUUUGGCGUCCUUGGCGGGACUGCUUACCCAGACGUUGGCACUUUCCAAGAGCACAUCGUUCUGGACCGCAAGGAGGUCAUUCCCACGCCGUCACAUCUGACAGAUGAGGAGAUUGCUGCUUGGCCCCUGGCCGGUCUUACUGCCUGGCGAUCGAUUUCUCUUGCUGAAAUCCCUCCAAACGGGACAGUCUUCAUUACCGGAAUUGGCGGCGGUGUCGCGUUAACCGCUCUGCAACUCUGCGUCGGAAUGGGACUGAAGGUCUACGUCUCAUCUGGCGGACAGGGCAAGAUCGACAAAGCGAUUGCCAUGGGCGCGAAGGGCGGUGUGAGAUACUCCGAUGAGAACUGGCCGCAAACUCUCGCUGCGCUUCUCAAAUCUCAUAAAACUGAGCUGGAUGCCGUGAUCGAUUCGGGAGGGGACGAGAUUCUGGCCAAGACCGCCAAGUCGCUCAAGUUCGGAGGUAAGGUCGUCUGCUACGGCAUGACGGCCGGUCCGAAGAUCACCAUGAGUAUGCCGCAGGUGAUGCGAAACCAGCAACUCAUCGGAACGCUCCUCGGGUCGAGGAAAGACCUGAUCUCAGCGACCGAGUUCGUAGAGAAACAUAAGAUCGUUCCAAUCGUUGGCAAGGUCCUUACCGGGCUUGAAUCCGCCGAGGAGGGCUUCGAGAUAAUGGAGAAGGGAACGCAGUUCGGGAAAAUAGUCAUCAAAGUGGGAUGGCCAGAGGGCGCCAAAGCUACUUUGUGAUCUACAUAAUUGAACCAACAUUUCUUCGUGUAUAAACUUCUCUUUUUUACUGACCACAACAUUCCUCUCAUCACAGCCUGGAGGCCGCGCUUGAAUGAAGAGCA